AUGGACAAGAAACAUCUCGUCAUGGAUUCAAUCUUUGAUUUGAAUCGAAUCACAGCUGAAACUUGCUUCCCGGAGCUCUUGGAAUUACACGAAACCAAGAAUGAGAGUUUGUACUCCUUCCGACCCGAUGUUGAAGCUUUAACCAUGCCCGACCUCUACUAUGUCAUUAAAGAUGCCAUCCUCCCAUCAACCUCUACAACCACAAGAAAACAACAAGAAAAUAAUGAUGUAGGUGAUAAGAAUGGGCGUGGAAAUUGCAAUAAAACUGGUGAGGAGUACUCUCUCGCACCUAUGGAGUUAAUGAAUGUCAUUCGGGAGCAAGCACAUAACACUCCAGUGUAUGUGUUUUUACCUGAUUAUGAGAGUAAAAACAGUACCAAACGUUUGGAAAAAUUUAAAGAGUAUUAUAGCGAGUUGCCGUCAAGCUGGUAUGAAAUGUGUUAUGGCAUGUGUGCCGAUUUGGAGCAUUGUAUGGACCAAAAUGAAAAUUAUUUAAAAUAUAUAAGGAAAUUAGAAAAUGAAUUCAAUUUCAAGGAAGAGUUAUUGGAUCGAGCUGUGAAUGGAGAGUCUGUUGUGUUGGCAGAAGGUUCUGAUUUUGUUCUAAAAACUCUUGACACUCCUCAGGAAGCUGUAGAAAUUGCAGAGACAUAUAUUGAAGCAUUUGAUUCAUUUCUCUUAGAAGAGGAAGAAUCUGAGUACUAUUUGGACUACCCUACGAAAUCUGAAUUCUAUCAUUGGUUGGUUGUGAAACAAAAUGGAAAAGUAGUUUCUUGUGGUCAAUUAAUCAAAGGUAGACAUUGUGCCUCCCUUUUUACAGUUGUGACACGUCCAGGAGCUCAAAAAAGAGGUUUUGCAACACUCAUCGUGUCACUAUUAAUGAAGAUUGCAAGAAUGAGUGGAUACAAAUAUUGUGUAUUGCAUGCCACUCGUUUAGGGAAACCAAUUUAUGAGAAAUUAGGUUUUGAAUAUCUUUUUGACAUGCAAAUUCUUGAGGUGACAGAAGAGGCCAAUAAUUUUGUGUACAAGACCAAGGGUGUUUUGGGGUUGAAUGAUUUGGAUUUUAAACACAAUCAUCCUUAUCAAUAUUAUGCAAGGACUAGUUUGUUGGCAUCUGGAGCUUUGGCGUUGACAGCAGUUGGAGGCUACUCGUUAUACAAGUGUGUAUCGUCUUGGUUUUCAUUGAAUUAA